GUGACGAUAUCGCUUGGAUGAAAUUCGGCGAUGAUGGAAGGCUGUACGCUAUUAAUCCUGAAGCUGGCUUUUUCGGAGUAGCGCCGGGUACUUCAAAUAAAACCAAUCCAAUGGCUGUAGCAACAUUCCAAAAGAAUUCGAUAUUCACCAAUGUGGGUGAAACUGCCAAUGGCGAGUACUUCUGGGAAGGUUUGGAGGAUGAGAUCAAGGACAAGAACGUUGACAUGAUCAACUGGCUCGGAGAGAAAUGGCACAUUGGUGACCCAGGAGUCUGCGCUCAUCCGAACUCACGUUUCGCUGCUCCCGCAUCGCAAUGCCCGAUCAUCCAUCCCGAUUGGGAAAGUCCCAAGGGUGUCCCCAUCGAUGUAUGGCGUGUUUCAGCGAUUUAUUCCGCAAUCGUCUUCGGUGGUCGUCGUCCAACUGGUGUACCUCUAGUAUAUGAGACAAGGUCAUGGCAUCAUGGUAUCUUCACUGGAGCUUGCUUGAAGUCGGAAGCCACCGCUGCGGCUGAAUAUAAGGGUAAGGAAUUUUUGUAAAA